CUCGCUGCCUUUUCAUUUCUUGACGAUACUAAUAAGUAAUAACAACUAUGUAAAUAGUUUUUUACCUAUUUCUUCAAAACAUUGCCAAAGCCAGGGCCUAAUUCUUCGAAGAGCCCAAGAUGGCCCACAUAUGGGAGGACAUAAAGUAACAGUAUCCCUACAUUUGUAUGGUGAAAAAUGUUGCCACCAGUGCUUAAAAUCAUCUAACCUCUAAUUUGGCUUUCUCUUCAUUACUGUCUCGUAAUUACUUUCAAGAUCUACUUAGUAACCACCACAUGAUCAGUCCAGUUAUAUAAUGUAUAAAUAUAAACUCUUAUUGCCCUAAAAAUAUUCAAAACGCAACUACUCCCCAUCUCAUUGCCUGGUUGUCUCAUCACCUGCUUAGGUUCUGCUCUAGUCUUAUUAACUACAUUCUUGUCUGUAUCUUCCUUCAAAAAGGCCACAUAAGUUUGUAAUAUAACAAAAGACAGGAAUCUUUGGUAUAUUACAGACAGCACAGAUAGAUUGCUGCUGCGUUGUCCAUUUGACCAGAAAUCUUGUCUCACUCUCUUUUAAAAAAUAGGAAUAUUUCAACCCUAACAUGCAGGUCUUUCAAAGGCUAUUCAAGACUGCAAAUGAGACUACUACUUCUAGCCCUUCUAUAAGCAAGAAAGAAACUGCAAAUAAUCAGAAGGUGAAAUCAAAAGACAUUGUUUUGUUUGGGAUCUGUCGGGGGAGCACUAGAAGAAGAGGUGAUAAAAGUAAAUCAAGUAGCAAGACCUUCAAUAUAUUCAAAGCAUUAUGCAGGAAUAAGGAUAUUAGUCAGGAGUAUUUUUAUAGCACAAUUCAUCUAAGGAGGGUAGAAACUCAACAUUUUGAAUAUUGCAUGAACAUGAAAAACAAGAGUGUUACACGAGGAUUAAGCAUCUCUCACAAGGCUACAGAAUCAGUAGGACAUACGCAGGUUUUGCCCAUCACUGAUUCUGCAUCGUCGUCGUCGUCGUCAUCCUCAAGAAACGAUAAGGCGCGAUGCUCUAAUGGAGAAAAGAAAGACGAAAAAUCCAAGGGAGAUAAAGCCAAGACCAUCUCUAAGAUGAAAGAGCUACUAAGAUGGGCUGCUGCUGCCAAAUCUGAGAAGGGCCGCCAAUACAUAGGCAGAAAGGUAUUCAACAACUUUCGGAAUAGGGCAGCAUUGAAGGCAGUACCAGAUGAUGAUCAAAUGAGUAAUGAAUCCCCCAAAAUCAGCUUCAGAUGGGAAGUUGAAAGUUGCUCCACAACUUCCUCUGCUUACUCUGCCAUUUCAAUGCCAACUUCCUUAACCAAGAAUGAUCAGUCCAUCAAUAUCAACUUUCCUUCUGUAAAAUCAACUCCUCUCCACAUAGAUCAGGGUCCUGCGGCUGCUGGAAAAUUGAACUGGAUCACCACAGAUUCUGAAUUUGUGGUGCUAGAGCUAUGAAGACUGUAAGAACCAAAGGAGGCAGAUCAUCACUAAGUGCUCGUUUAUGGCCUGCUCAGUAAUUGAUGAGUAGAGAUUUGAUCCUAUCAGAUGUAAUGUAACAUUAAAUCAAUGAUGUGAAGUUUAGUUUUUCUAUUGAUCUUCUAACCAAUGUUCUAUUCUUUAAUAUUCCAAUUCCAAUAUUAUAAAAUACAUAGAAUUAUGAUACA